AUGGAGAACGAAUGGUCAAGAACUCGGGAGAGUCGUAAGCGAUCCCUUACGGAAAUGUCCCAGUCACAUUUAAGACCUCCAUCUUCUUCACCUGUAAUGUUUCGUGAAAGACCCUCGAACUUCGGUAGCUCUUCUUCAAGAAUCCCAUCAUUCACAAGUCAUACCGCCACUAUUUUAAAUUCCCAUGAGCGACGACGCACAUCACAUCCCCAUAAUCCAUCUGGACAAUCUAACCUAACUUCACAAUCGUUACGAGCAUCACCAGAAAUGGAAGCAAACUCACGGCCUGCGCCUAUACAACGCCCGCCUAUACAACGCCGCUCAGAAUUCGUUAUCGAUCUUACAUCCGACCAAGAUGAUGCCCCCUCGCCCCAAGCCCCACCCCGUCGCGCAAAUCGUAUGCAUGCUUCCCCAAGACCACCGCCGAGAUUAGGGAGGAGUGAAGCAAGAUUAGAACAGGUGGUGGACCUUACGGCAGAUGAUGACGACGAUACUAUUGUUACUUUUGCUCGAGAACGAUCUGUGCCCCUACCGUCGUCCCGUGCACAACGACUACCAGCCGUGCCUCUUCAAUUUGGAAUUCUUAAUCGAAUGGGGGAGCAACCAGCACGACCACCAGGAGGAAGGGAUACCCCGCAUCAUCUUCGAGGCGGUUAUGGCACUGUCAGGGAGUCACCAAUACCACCUCCAGGACGUGCCAUUGGUGGUUUGAGGGCUUAUUACGAGAACGGUGCCGACAUCAUCAUGGACAUUCAUGAUUUUAUGGGUCUUGGCCGAGCCAAUCUGGGAGUAGACGAUCAUGUAGGGGUUCAUUUGUAUGGGGGAGACUUUCCAGCUAUGCCAAAUGGUAUGGAUUAUGGACGAGUGGCGUUGCAAGAGCAUAAACCUGAACAUGUUGCACCUCUACCAGUCAAAGAUGGAUUCACAAGGUCACCUACAGAGUCUGAUAUUGCUAUAUGUCCAAGCUGCGAAGAAGAAUUAAUUCACAGAAAGGAUGGUGAGGAGCCAAUGGCAAAGAAACCUCGUGCGGCACCUAGCAGAAAAGAUAGAGAAGAGCAUCCUUUCUGGGUCGUUAAGGAUUGUGGCCAUGUCUUCUGUAACAAAUGUUUUCAAAAUCGCUCGAACGACAAGAUAUCCUCCUUCCGCAGCGGCAUACCCCAUUACCGUGGCCCCAAGAACAUCCUUUGCUCGGUUGAGGACUGUCAAUCGCACGUCAAAAAUAAAGAUAGAUGGGUGGGCAUAUUCCUAUAG